GUAUGAGACACAUUGGGGUUGAGUUGCCAAUGCGUGUGAGAGAGAUGGAGCAGAUAAGUAAAGUGUAGUGUGUACUCUGCACGGCUGGGAGCGGUUCUAUAUUAUAUUUGCUGCUGUUUGGACACUUGAUUAAUCAUGGAGACCAACAUUCUACACCUUGGAACAUACAUGUGUCCUGGAAUUCCUGUUGAAUACUACGAGUUUAUAGCCGAAUACUUGGAAAAGGAACUUUGUUUGCAAACCACUCUUCUAUAUAAUUCACGUAGUCGGGGACCAGACAUCAGCCGAGGAGAUCACCAGCGCAUUGAUCUAGCCUUUGUGACUACAUCUGCUUACCUUGAAAAUUUUAAGUCUGGCACAAACAACUUCCAGUUACUUCCAGUAGGAGCUGUAACGAAGCAUCCAGUCAAGGGUGAAGUUCUUGGCUACUACACAGAUAUUGUUGUACACAGAGAUAUAAAAGAAAGAAUAUCAGAAUUUUUAGAUUUACGAGGAUGUAAAUUUGUCUAUGCCCAUGAAGGUUCUCUGAGCAGUAAUACACUUAUGUUGCGCACACUAAAGCAGAUGGGAGAAGAUGCCUCUUUCUUUUCUGACAUUCAAGUGUCUGGGAAUCACAUGAGUUCCAUUGAAAUGGUAGUGUCAAAAAAAGCAGAAGCAGCAGCUGUCGAUUCAUUGUCAUUUGCAAACUACCUUAAUCGUCAUUACUACCAGGCGCCUGAGAUACAUCUCCAGGGGACAUGGGGUCCACUUCCACCUCACCCCAUAUUAGUCAACUCAAAUCUCCCAGAUGCCAUUAAAAUCAAGAUUCAAGAGGCCUUAUUGAACAUGAAUAAACUUCCAAAGUGGAAAAAGAUGUUAAAUUCCUUCUGCAUUUUGGGGUUCCGCAAGACUUCUUCUGAUAAUUACCUUGAAGCUGCAGACCAUCUAGAUGCUACAAAAUCACUCUCAUUUGGUAUAACCUAUUACUAAUUUUAUAGGGGGUAAUUUAAUAACAAAUAUAUUUUCAUAAUCAAGUAUUGCAAGAUCCUUGUGGUGAAAAUUUCUCUCAAUAAACUGGUGCUAGAUAUUUGGAGAUAGUGGGGGAACAAAAAAUGAAUGCAUGACCUGUGUUUAUGAAGUACAGUAUAUUAUACAUUGCAUUUUGCAAUAUGGGUACUCUAAUUUGUGAUAAUUACCCUUGUGUGUACCUGUAAUGUAGAGAUAUAUAUGCAGCCUUAGCACUGCCUUUUCUAAAGAUAAAUCAUACAUGGUAUUGCUAAAACUGUGUUACUGAGUUAGAUACCAGCAUAUAUAUUGUCUUGCUUACAUAAUAUUUAACAAUGUAUUGUUGCAGCUGCAUCACCUUAGAAUUGCAGUUGGCAGGUUUUUUAUUAAAAGAUGCAAGGAUGGUAAA